AAUAUCAAAAUACUGGUUUUGACUUUCAUUACUAAUGGUUCCCAGUCUUACCUUAUGUAGUCAUCAAAUGCACAGUAACAUCUGUGCUUUACUAUUUUAAUGGUCUUACUAAAAUGAUUUAGUCAGCGUGUGUGUGUGUGUGUAAAUGAGUCAUGCACAGUGUCAGUUCGGAGUGAGAGAGUGAGAGUGAGUGUGCAGCACGAAACGCGGGAGUUGAGUACUAAUUAACCGCGUGAAGUGUGACUAAGUCUAAGGUAACUCGGAUUACGUCUGUACUGGUCUACACAAUAUUACAUAUAAUAUAAAAAGAUCUUUGAAGUUUGAUCUGUUGCCGUGUCGCGCAUACGUACGUUAGACUAGUUAGCGGACGUAUAAAUUUACUACUAUUACUAAUACUAUUAGUAUUACUGCGUACUAUAAACCGAAGUCGCUCUAAGAGUAAGACUCGAGUAAGAGUCUAAUCAAUGACAGACUGCAGUUGAGUUACACUACAAUACAGCAGCUCAAGGACCAUAAAUGAAUGCACCAUGAAGAAGAGUAAAAAUCUUCAUGCAUCCAAAAGCAAGCGACAUGAUGUGGAUGGACAAAGGCGUCCUAAGCUUAAUAUCAAUGCUAGGGGGAAAUGGCAGUUGUUGAGUCAUACAGUGAAGGCAAUCGGCGAUCCGGGUGCAGCAUUACACGUGACAAAGACUAUCACCCAUGGCUUCAAGCAUUAUAUGAACGUGUUCACUUCCGAGCUUCCCAUCCAGCAUGUUGUAUACCUUCAAAAUCGACAGGAGUACCUGAUCGUUGAUGCAGGGGGCACGGUUAUGGUGGUUACACGGUACGGCUUCCGAAAGGCUGAAAUAGAAACAACCGAAACUAUAGGCCAUUUAGUGUAUGCUGAACAAUUGAAAAGACUCGUAGCCAUCACACCCAGCGGAAAUAAGCUAUUGCUUUUCAACAUGAGCCUAGAUGUUGUUUCAGUAGUGCCAUUAAGUAACAGAGCUCAACGACUCAUCUCUAAUGACGAAUGUGGGGAAAUAAUCACCUGUCAUCACUCAACUGUCACUUGCUGGGUGUUUCAGCACAGUGCCAGCUACCUCGUACAGAGGGUUGUCAUUCAGAUGGAUACCUGCCUGCUCGACGGCGUGAAACUCAUCUCUCUUGAGAGAACGGCGAGCCGCACCCAACGCUUUUACGUUUCAGCUAAAAACUUUGUUCAGGUGAUAAACCUGCAUGAGGGAAAAGUAGUUCAUCUGGCAAAAAACCUUCAUAGAAUGAAUAUUACAGCUAUGAUGUUCUUCAAUCCUUUAAAGUUCAUAAUCACUGCAGCCAAAGAUGGCACAGUGAAAGUUUGGAAUGACAGCUUUCAGCUGCAAGCAGUAUUCGUGGGGCACAAUAAUUCUGUAUUAGACCUAGCUGUGUACCCCUACGGACCACUUAUUAUGUCUGCCUCUCUUGAUUGCACAAUAAGAAUCUGGAACCUAGAGACACAUGACCAGGUAGACCAAGCAAUGGUUGCUUACCCAGUGGAGUGCAUUGGCACGGUAAUGCAAGACGACCAGCUGUUCACGUAUUCCCACUGUGGCCUCAUGUUCUGGAAGGUUCAUCACCUCCACAGGCUACUCACUCCCAUCAGCUCUGAGGUAGCUCGUGUUGAGAAGGUUGAAUAUCCAGAUUUUCCCACGAGACUGUGUCUGCCAUGUGGUGGCUCUACUGUGAAAAUAAUUUCGCCCUACUCAGGCCACGUUAUCACAACCUUGCUACUAGAUGAUGACACCAGAGUUGAAGAUACUGCUUACGCACUUGUACAAGGUGUGGUGUUUGUGCUGACAACCAAUGGAAACAUUGUGAAAAGCAAUGCGGCAGUGAAUCCCUGCAAAAUUCUGAAAACAUGGAUCUUUGAAGAAAGUAGGUACACGUGUACGACAAUCUACCAAUAUGUUGGCAAGUCCAGUCCUCAGUAUACUAAGCCUGAUAGAAAACUGUCUCUGCUGCAUGGAAGAAGGGUUUCAUUGAGCAGCAAGAACGAGGUUCCAGCAUUACUGCUUGUCGGAAGGGAAGACGGUUGCAUCGCCAGACUGAAUUGGACCACAGGAGUCACGGAUUUCAUUAUUAAGGGUCACGAGGGCAUGGUUAGCAGUUUGGUGGCACAUGUUUCUAAUGAUCAGCUCAUCAGCAUCGGUGAAGAUUCUGUCCUAAAGCUAUGGAGAGUAUACCCAUUUGUAGAAGAAUCCCUAGCACCUUUCAUGGCAUUGCAAUGCUACCAUACUCCAACUCAUGUAGCUGCCAUUGGAAACUUGCUCUGCAUAUCAUUCGCACAUGUGCAAACGGCCACCUACAUGUUGACCGUGUAUGAUACUGCUAUAAAGGAUCGCUAUGACCAUUCGCCAGAAGAUGACCACAAUUGUGAAAUAAUAGCAGUCUGCAGCUGUGCAUAUAUGAAUAUAUUUGCAUCGGCAAGUGUGGAUGGCACCAUCAGAAUAUGGAAUGACAAAAAUGAGCUAGUCCGGAUUGUAGAGUUGAAAGCCGUGCCAACAGCGCUGAGUUUCUGCAGUAAGAGAGGGGACUUGGCUGUUGGAAUUGGCAAACAUUUGCAUAAAAUACAUUACAGUGAAUAUAUGCCGGGAGACACGUUCAACAAGGUCGUGUCACAGCUGGACUGUGGUGAACCUCCAGAUAACCCACUACAUGUGUCUGCAGGUGUAACGCUGCCCGUGCUGCACAAACUCUCCCCAACUCACUCGGCUCUGUUCAGGUAUACGCAUUUUCAAGACACGCUCACUGAAGAAGAAAGGAGUGAAAUUGCUAGAGAAAAAAAGCAAAAAUCUGAGAUCUGUUCAUCACUAAUUGAAAGAGAUGAAGAGCUACUGAAGAUUAGAGAUGGGCUACUUACGGUACCAAAAGUGGCAAAUCUCACGAGGAAACAGAAACUGGAAGCAUUCAGGAAAUACUACGACCUCUUAUAUGACUUCGCUAAAGUGCCGUUACCCCUAGAUGACAAGAUACCACAGGUAAUGCAACAAGAAGACGUGUCACCCUGCUCUGUUCGCGGGGGCUUCUUCCCUUCACCGUCCAAAGCCAUCGUCUGCCCCAACACCAGAAGAUAUGCCACCAAUCCUAAUGGCUUCAUUCCCAACUCGGUGCUCGCGAGUUGCCUCUGGAAGGAGGAGGUGAAGCAGAAGCGGAUGUCAGGAAAGUCGUGGAGGCCUGUGGGUCUCACCAAAGCUCAGCUUGCAGCUCUAGCCCGCAAAGAAGCAGCAGAAGAAGCAGAAGCAAAUUGCAGUAAUGACGAGGAGGAAGAGGAUGAGGAUGAAGAGGAAGAAGAAAAUUUGCUCUGGCAGAGAAUGAAUGAUGAAAUGCGAAUAAGUAGUUGUGAGAGUGUUACUGAGUCAUCCUCUCCCAUACAGACCCCCUCACCCCUACAACAACGGACUCCGUCACCUAAGAAAAUCGAGCAACUGCAACCUCUGAAGCCACUACCACCAAGGCCACAGAUACCAAAGCGUGUGCAAGUGCAGUCGCCUCCCCUCGUGGCACCGCCUCCUGUGAUUCGUACCGUCGCCCCUCCACCGGUCGCAGAGCCAGUGCCGAAGCCUGUUGAAGCGGUGAAGGCUGAACCAUCGCCGCCUGCGACGGCUCCUCCGCUCCCCGGAUUUCUCAUGCAGUUCGUCGGUCAGCAGUGGUUCCACGCAGCUUACCGCAGCAUGAAGACUCCGUCACCUAAGAAAAUCGAGCAACUGCAACCUCUGAAGCCACUACCACCAAGGCCACAGAUACCAAAGCGUGUGCAAGUGCAGUCGCCUCCCCUCGUGGCACCGCCUCCUGUGAUUCGUACCGUUGCCCCUCCACCGGUCGCAGAGCCAGUGCCGAAGCCUGUUGAAGCGGUGAAGGCUGAACCAUCGCCGCCUGCGACGGCUCCUCCGCUCCCCGGAUUUCUCAUGCAGUUCGUCGGUCAGCAGUGGUUCCACGCAGCUUACCGCAGCAUGAAGACACUGACAGGUCCAUUCACGGUUGCCAAAUUCAUAUCGCUACUGCUGAAAGCACUAGGUGAAGCUGUUUGGGAGCACAGAUUAGGAAUUGUUAACGGUAUUGCCGCACUGUGUGUGCAGCAUAGCUCCGCAGUUGAUCUUCUCGAAACUGCCAGGGGAUUGCUGUGCACAUUGCACACAACUCCCCCUCCUUCACACCAGGUGGCAGUGCAGAACAGCUACAUAACUACAGUGUACAAGGCAGUCCAGAAGCUGGCACCUCACUCAUCAGAUUACAUGGCCCAGCUUAUUGCUGGCUACGUGGAAGGAGAGAACAAUUUAAGAGAUUUAGUCAAGGCCAUUUGGCUAGAGUUGGGCUUGAAUGAUGCAGGUGGUUAUUUCACAAGAGAGUUGGACAGCUGGGACGUGUAUGACAAGGACAAGGAUGAGCGCACUCUUGCACUUCUGCGCAAAGCUGUUCGCUUCAUCGACUGGUGGACAGAACAGUGCUCAAAGCAUCAGUUAAAGAAUCCUAAGCAGUACCGUGCCAGUCCAAAACAGAAACCUAUGAGAAAGGGCCAAAAUACACAAAAGUCUCCCACUUCUGAUCUUAUUACCCCUAUAGUUGCAAUCAACCAUUUCUGUGUCAUACAUUAUGAAAGAGAACAGCGAAAGAUACUGGCGGAAAAGAAAAAACCAGAAAGAGAGCUUACGAGGCGAAACAAAAAGCAACUCGCCCCAGAAAGGGAUCCCAAGCUUAUUCGCCUGGGACAUACUCACAAGAGCGAAUGUCACCCACUCCGUGAAACGUCCCUAGCAGACUAUGCUUUCCUGACAAGGCAGCUCAUGCAGAGCUUGCAACUGGGCGACUGUCCCCGGUUCAUCAACCUUCCCGUGCACUGCGUCUCUGUGCAACCCUUCCAGCCACCUGUCAGCAAAGACAGGGGCGAUGAAGUAAAGCCGUAUGUACAGCUACCACGGCAGCUCCUGGCAAGACAUUACUUCUUGCCGCAACUGUCGUGCGUACCAUCGAACGAUGCCCCCUCAGGACAUUAAACACAACACGAUUAUCACGUACUGCAUUGUCAGAUUGUCUCUAACAAUCACUCUCAUUCGUCUCAUAUGCUGUUCAUCAGGUGUGGAUUAACGUGGUGCGUGAUACAGUUCAGCUGUAUUCUAUAUAAUCUCUCUACAUUAAACUCUUAUUAUUUAUAUAUGUUCUUUUUCACCCAAUCUUCACAAAGCAUCCAUGACCUGUGUUAUUCCACUGUCAUUGUGAACUUCAAUUAUUACAUAUCUGAAGUUUUCUCAUGCGUGAUUUAUUGAAAGCUAUUUGUUUGCAUAUAUAUGUAUGCACAAGAGUUUUGUACAUAUGAUAGUCCUAUUAAUUCAGAAAUGUAAGUAAAACUUGA